AUGCGCGGCCCGGAAGUGGAUCGUUUGUGCUUCCAUUGACUGACUAAAGCAAGAACGAUUAUGGCUCAAAUGAGGAAUUUUCCGAGGAGGAGGGAAGGGCCUCUUCCACCUCGACCACCACCCGCUUGGGAUGAGCAAAAGGCCUAUGAGGAGUUGCUGUACUGGGAUAAUCUCAUUCAGGAGGGUGUACGCGUUCACCCACACGACUUCGAACGAUAUGAAGAGCUGCGUUAUUGGUAUGACUGCUUGUGUUAUGAGGAAGACCUCAGGCAGUACAACGAUUACAUCGUUGAGUACAGAAAGUGGGAAGACGUGCAUUUGCAUCCAGGAGAGCAUCACCCAAUGAAGCCACCACCCCAGCGCACGUUUGUGUAUGAGGAUCGCUAUAUCAGGGCCAAGCAUUCAACUGUGUACCCAUCAGCAGAACAGCUAGAUGCGGUACAGAACAUGGUGUCUCACAUGGAGCAUGGCCUGAAAGCUGUCUCUGACUGGCUGAAGGAAAAAGAGGGUGCUUCUGCUGGUGCUUCUGUGACUGCAAGUAAUUCGGCUCAGAGUAAACUGCAUGGGGUUUUGAGAGUGGGCCUGGUGGCAAAAGGACUCCUGCUGAAAGACGAUAUGGAACUAGAGUUGGCCCUUCUCUCCAGAGACAUGCCCACCAGUUCUCUGCUCAGGCUGAUUUCUGGAAAACUCUCAGAGUUCAUAAAGGAUGUUACUGAAGACAAAUAUGUCAUCACCCCAUCUAUCCAAGAAGCUGCUGUUAUUGUUACGAGCACGAAGGAGCCUCUUCUGAAACUGACCAUCCGUCUGACCUCACCCCUGGUCAGGGAGCAGGUUGAAAAAGAGGCUGCUGGAGAAACGUGCGCGGAAAGCUCUCCGCAGGACGCUCUGGACAGGCAGAAAUGCCUGGCUGCUCUGGCGUCUCUCCGCCAGGCCAAGUGGUUCCAGGCUAAAGUUUCCAGACUUGAGUCGUGUGUUCUCGUGAUUCGGAUCUUGCGGGACUUGUGUAACCGUGUUUCAACCUGGGCACCCCUCAAAGGCUGGAUUCUUGAACUGCUCUGUGAGAGGGCUAUUUCAACCAGCGAGAGGGUGCUGGGACCAGGAGAGGCAUUCCGGAGAGUUCUGGAGUGUCUUGCGUCAGGGAUACUAUUGGAGGACGGCCCAGGCAUUUCUGAUCCCUGUGAGCGAGAGAGCACUGAUGCCUCUGCCCAUCUUACCCAGCAACAGCGAGAAGAAAUUACUCAGAGUGCACAGUUUGCCUUGAGACUGUCAGCAUUUGGACAGCUUUACAAAGUGCUUGGAAUGGACCGCCUCAUUUCCAAAGCCUAUCGAAUGCCCAGUGGGCAAAUCACAGUGCCUGGUCCCCCAGUAAAGAGAUCAAGGGAUUCUUAUGAUUCAGGAGAUUCUGAUAUGAGGCUGAAGUUUCCAAGGAAAGAAAAGACAGAGCCAGCAAACGCCCUUAUGAAGUUGAACCAGCUGCGGCCUGGGACACUAUACAAGCUGUCUUCACAGACCGGGCCUGAACAUGAACCUCAAUUCACCAUGGCUGUCGAGGUGGAUGGGAAAACAUAUGAGGCUACAGGCCCCUCCAAACGCAGCGCCAAGCUUCAUGUAGCCCAGAAAGUUCUGCAGGCACUUGGUGUGCCCAUGUCAGAGAUCAAGACUACUGAUGAAAAUAAGAACAAGGCUGCAGGUGUAACUGCAGCCCCGGUAGUGAGUGCGGCUUCAGUUAAUCAAGCCACGCCCACUGGAUCUGAAGAUGGUUCUGAGGGUGGGCCCAUCCUUACCAAACAUGGCAAAAAUCCCAUCAUGGAGCUUAACGAGAAGCGGCGAAGCCUGAAAUAUGAGCUAGUCUCUGUCAAGGGACGCUUCAACGACAAGACCUUCACUAUUGAGGUAGAGGUUGAUGGACAGAAAUUCCAAGGUUCUGGAUCAAAUAAGAAAUUAGCCAAAGCUAAUGCAGCCCUUGCAGCUUUAGAACGACUCUUUCCAGAGGGUUCUCCUGCUGACCCACUCAAGAAAAAGCGAUUUCCUGCUAUGGGUUAUGGCAUGGGUGGUGUAUACAAUGCCGGUAGAGGAAGAGGCCGUGGUAGAGCCAGAGGAUUCAACAACACUGGCUCAACGUUUGCAGGGUCUACCCCUAGCGCUGAAGUUGCCCUAACCCCAACUGUUACCACCUCCAGCACACCUAUGAACACCCAGGAGGACCCGUCUGCAGCCUUGAGCGCAGCCACCUACCAAGCUGUCCCUCCUCCUAUGGCCGGCUAUUAUAAUCAGUACAGCCAGUCCUUUUCGCAGUUCAAAAAACCCAAUAAUGUGGGUCAGGGCCAGAACAAAAACUCAAAUCAAGCUCCUCUUGUAGGACCAGACUAUGGCUAUGGUUAUCAAGGUGCUGGCAUGGGUAUGGGGCCACCCGGUGUGCCAGGACCACCUGGUGUGGGGCCGACUGAUUUCAAUUAUGCUGCAUACUAUGCACCACCUGGUACAGCAACGUUUGGGCCACCUGGUACCACUCCCCAGAGCUAUGGCUUCACCCAGAGUGCCUACCCCAACCUGGGUGGCUACAGCAGUGCAGCCAAUAACACAGACUACACCUUCAGAUAAACAUGUCAUGUUUGGUCUCCUUUAUCGGGGAUGUACAGAUGCUUAUUCAUACAAUUUAAAAUCCUUUCUGUGAUUCUAAAGCCAGUGUCCUCUGAAUUUAAGCAUUCACUCACUAAAACUUAUUCAAAUGUUAUUUUUGACAUUUGAACUGAGCCUCAGCUCCACAGAGUAAGCAUCAUUUUGAUUCACCGUUAGUUUCAGGAAAUGAUACAUCUGGUUGGUGGACAUUGCUUGGUCUGUGUCUAAAUGAUUGGUGUGAGUCAAGUGUAAGUUUUUAAUCUGGUCACAAUUCUGUUUUCCCCCCCAAGGCAUAUUUAUGAUUGAUCUCUUAUUUUUGCAGCGGUUUUCUUAUUUUUUUUUUGGAUUGAAUGUGGACAAAAGAUUGAAUAUAGUUUUUUGAUGUUUACUCCUCUGAAACCACUUCAUAAGCUAUUCCUUAGGUUGAAGUUUUAAGAGGUUUGCGUUACUUGAUGUUUAAUCUCAGUACGGUCUUUUAUGUAGAAUGCCUAUUGAACAGUGAAUAGUUACAAAGCACAGAGCAUUUAUGUUCCUGGAUCAAGUUUAUGUUGUAUGUCAUAUCUUUGACAUGUGCAGAAAUAAACUUUUUCAAUUUUAA